UGGAGGGCGGCGCGGUGGGUUAGGGUCUAUGACUCGGCUGUCUUCUGGGUUUGCGAAAUGCGCCAUUUUGUUGUUACCGGAGAAGUGGACCGCAACAGAAAGAGUAAGAAGUCCAGUCUUCACGGAGAACCAAGAUGGGGAAUGUUUUUGCAAACCUGUUCAAGGGCCUUUUUGGGAAGAAGGAGAUGAGAAUCCUCAUGGUGGGGCUGGAUGCAGCUGGGAAGACAACCAUCCUCUACAAGCUCAAGCUGGGAGAGAUCGUCACCACCAUUCCCACCAUCGGUUUUAAUGUUGAAACGGUAGAGUACAAGAAUAUCAGCUUUACUGUGUGGGACGUUGGCGGUCAAGACAAAAUUCGGCCUCUGUGGCGCCACUAUUUCCAGAACACACAAGGCCUGAUCUUCGUGGUGGAUAGCAACGACAGGGAGCGUGUGAACGAGGCACGGGAGGAGCUGACCCGCAUGCUGGCAGAGGACGAGCUACGGGACGCCGUACUUCUCGUCUUUGCAAACAAGCAGGACCUGCCUAAUGCGAUGAAUGCUGCAGAGAUCACAGACAAACUGGGCCUGCAUGCCCUGCGGCAGCGCAAUUGGUACAUUCAGGCCACAUGUGCCACCAGUGGCGAUGGCCUCUAUGAGGGCCUGGACUGGCUCUCCAACCAGCUCAAGAACCAGAAAUGAUCCGUUCCACUUCCAGAGCGUCAGGGACACGCCCCUUCCAGCCCCUGGCCCUGUUUUCUUCUCCUUCUGUCACCCCCCCCCCCCACCACCACCACCUCGUUUCCUUGUUUUGGGCCUAUUGCUGGCCAAUACACAUGUCUUGUGGGUGUGGGUGCUUGUGUGUGUGUCUGUGUGUUUCUCUGUCUGCUGCGAGUGGGAGCAGCCCCAGCGUGCCUUUUACACACUUCCCACGGGAGCGAUGGUUCAGCUGUCAUUACCUCGGUGUGAGGGCGGAACCAGGAUGGAAGAUGGCGUCUCUGAACGAGAACCUGAUCUGCACCACCGUUUUCAGUGUUUAGAUGUGCAUGUUAAAAUGGUUGAAACUGUAAGCCAGUUUAAUUUAAUAUAUAUAUAAAAAAAUCUAAUUUGUGACCUGUAUCAGGUUGAAAGAGAUUCAAAGACAUUUUCCAUCCUUGAUCCUCCUCCUGAUCCUUGAAAAUCCUGCUUUUUUUCGCCCCGUCUUCUGUCGCAAAAAAAAAUCCCAGGAAUCUUGCAGCUGUCUGUCUUAUGAACACUACCUUUCUAAUUUGGAGACCAGAAAGCACAAGCUGUUCAGCAUAGAGGUUUCCUCUGUUAUUAAAUACAAACUUGUCUAUUGGAAAAGCUACAUUGGGGAAAAACACAGAAUAGUGUCAGGGUUGUAAAGGCUGUGCGCACUGUGUAAUAUGGGGUGCCACUCCUGAGUGCUACUAAGCAUUAGUGGUUAGUGAGUUACUGAAGGGCAGGCUUGACAAUCACAUGCCCACAUUCCACUGGGUACCUGAUUGUGCCGUCUCUUUCCAGACCAGGUUGAAGGUGGUGUCCCUGGGGGAUGCAACUGACAGCAGCUCCUUCACCUGAUUCAUUCUCGGGUUGUAGUGAAGUCAUUGGAAUUUAUACAUUUCGAAGUACAAAGGAAGUUCUUGGUAUGGGUUUGAACUUCACUGAACUCCAUACACAGUUAAUAUAAGGCCAUUAAGUAAGAAACUUGCAUCCAAAGCUACUUAGGAUGCUACUUGGCCAUUAUACUCCCUUUAAAACCUUGAGAAGCAGGCAGGUGAACCUUGUUUGAAAGCUUUUGACUUGUAGGAUCUGUAUACCCCAGUGGGAUGUCUUGAAUUCAUUUAGGACCUAAUUGUUGUUUUUUAGUAAUCAUACAAAUGAGAGCUGAAUUAGUUGUGUUUUGGGACACGGAGGCCUUUUCAGAGAGCUGCUCCUACUCUGUGUGUAAUUAUUAUUAUUAUUAUUAUUUUUCAGGAUUUUCUGUUUUUUUUGUACAGAAUGCCUGCCUCUGGUUGGCAUGUCUGGAGAGCCAGGUGUACAGUGGUAAUCAUAUGGUAUAUUUGGAGGUGGGGGUAACUGGGAUCGGUUGGUUUUUGGAUAGUUUUCAGCGGUGCUGGGUCUGAGCUGCAGAAACAUGCAGCAUGUUAAAGGGACAGUUGAGGCUGGAGGUCUGGGGCUUAAGUGAUCAAUAUAUUAUUUUUUAUGAUUUCAUUAUUGUGAUAGGGUGUGUGUUUGACUUUAUUACAGUCCUGCUAUGUACCUGCUGUAUGACCAAUCACAAUUUAGGAUUGAUGUUUCCCAUAAGAGAUUCUCCAUUGAAUUCAUAAUUAUCACACAGCUACAGGACACAUUCUCAUCAUCUGUGACCGGCUGGACAGUCUGUUACUCAGGCACAUUAGCUACGUAGCAGAAUUCAAGCUGGACUAGGAAAAAAUUGCAGCCCGUUGCUUGAUCUCAAUGGAGCUUAUAUAGGUUGUUGUGCUCUGUGCCCCUGCAUUAUCCAGACAGCCAUUUCAGAUUUGUCUGGGUUUCGGCAAAGGCAGAAACUCAUGACCUGCAGGUUGGGAAAUGCAUUUCUGUGUUAACUUCUGUGUUCCUAAUCAGCUUAGUUGACAGGAACUAUUAUGUUAUCCUGAAACUUGCUAUAUUUUCGACUUGGCCACAGUGCAUGUUCUGCGUACCUUAUCUGUGUGUGGCUGAGAAAUCUCAUCUUCAGUUAAUACCUUCUUGAGGGAGGGUGGUCUUUGCAUACAGCUGAGCAACUGCAGAAACUUAAGUAAAAUGCACCCAGCUUUGUAAACAUGCAGGUGUAAGUCAAAGAUCCUCAUCUUGACAUUUUAUUUUGUCUACCAUAAAAGCCAUACAGCACAUAAAUCUGAAUUACAAGUAUUAGUGAGAGAAUCACAAAUACCUUAUUGCAUAUAUUUUAGGUAGGUCCAUUACGGUUCAGACGUGAAGCUUUAAGUUUGAGAAAUUUAUAAAUGUUUGUGUGUGUGUGUGUGUUUUUUUUUUUUUUUUAUUCCUUUCCCCAAAUGAGUUAAUUUUCCUUUUGUUUUAGCCUUUUUUUAAUCCAUCUUGUAACAUCUGAAAAAAUGCACUAUAAUAAAGAUCUCUAUUUCAGUUUGUUUGUAGGCUUUUGAGAUAGUGAUUAAUUCAAGCAUUAUUUGCUUUUGUUGUAAAUGUUGUGCUGUAAAUCCCAAAAAAUAAAGUUAAGCAGGGCCCCA